UUCAUCACAUCACAACUUCAGAAACACAUUUUCUUAUUUCCUCCACAUUGAAACAAUGGAAGAUCAGGAGGGUGAGUCUCCGGACCCAAACAGUCCGACCCAAGGCUCCUCCUCCUCUGAGUCUCGGACCGGGCCAGUGAGGUCACGGUGGACGCCUAAGCCAGAACAAAUCCUCAUACUUGAGUCCAUCUUCAACAGCGGCAUGGUAAACCCGCCAAAGGAAGAGACUUUCAGAAUAAGAAAGCUUCUUGAGAAAUUCGGCACCGUUGGCGAUGCUAACGUGUUCUACUGGUUCCAGAACCGCCGCUCUCGCUCCCGUCGCCGCCAACGCCAGAUGCAGGCGUCGGCAGCUCAACAUGGCGGUGGUGCAAACCCAUUUCCUCAGCACACCUUCAACAACAACAUCAACUCUGCAAGUUCUGCUGCUGCUGCCAAAGGUUUUGGUGCUUCAUCUUUCACUGUUAAUUCUUCUUCACCUUACUUCUCUGGUUCCUCUUCAUCAUGCGGUGGUGGUAGUGGUGGUGGUUUUCAAGAAGCCUUAGGUGGUAGUUUCUUCUCAGACUCUGCUCAAAUGGGUUUCCCAGAAAUUGAUCACAACUCAGCUGCAUCAUCAGUUUUGUAUCCUUCUGAUCAUGCUCAAAAUGUGAACUACAACUCAGGAUAUGGGAGGAAUAACAUUUCAGGAUUCAUCACAGUGUUUAUCAACGGGGUAGCAACAGAAGUUCCAAGGGGCCCAAUGGACAUCAAAACAGUGUUUGGUGAAGAUGGAAUGUUAGUUCUCUCCUCUGGUUUGUCACUUCCAACCAAUGAAUAUGGUUUCUUGAUGCAGAGCUUGGAGCAUGGUGAAAGCUACUUUCUGGUUUCAAAGCAAACACAAGUAUGAACAGAUCUAUCAAUAGCAGCCUAACUGGAAGCUUUCGUUAGAUGUUUCUUCUAUAUAUUGCCUUCGUUUGGUCCUCUUUUUUUUGACUUUAUUUCUUUAAAUUGUCGUAAUCUUUUAUAUGUGGUUCAAAUAUUAGAGAUCUACAAAGUGAUUA